UACAUAUACACAACUCAAAAUUUAGAGCAUCUGAUGAUUGCCUCUUUGAUGCCAAAGCCGAUCUAUAGCCCUACUCUCCGCAGCCAACUAUAGCCUUGCGGUGUUUCCUCGUGUGCCCGUUCUGGUUACCUCAUAGUAAAAUGUGGCGAAUGAAGUGAUGUAAACUUGGCAGUUGUGUUUAGCACCUUCCAUAGCAUACAUAAUAAACUCUAAAAUGGUGACUGAUUCAGAGAGUAUUAGAAAACUUGCUGAGGACCUCGAGAAGCAGGAGCUGGAUGCACCUGGUGGCAUUCCUCCUUCACAAGUAUACGCCCAGCUUCUUGCUAUUUAUUUGUACCAAAACGAUCUAUGCAAUGCCAAAUAUUUGUGGAAAAGAAUUCCUCAGAAUGUUAAGAGUUCACAUUCUGAAUUAAAUUCUAUUUGGAAAGUUGGUCAGAAAAUGUGGUUGAGAGAUUUCCCUGGAGUAUAUGCUGCACUAAAUACUGAAUGGUCGGAAAAUGUAUCACAAAUUAUGCAGGCUUUGCAAGAAUCAGUUAGGAAGAGAGCUAUUCAUCUGGUGGCUCAAGCAUACUCAUCCAUAAAACUGGAUGAUUUAACUCAGUUUUUGGGUUUGCCAUCCGAGCAAGCUGCGCAGGCUGCCAUUGAGCAAGGUUGGCAAAUGGAUGCAGGUCUGAUGGUGAAACCUUGCAGUCCUCCUGCAGAGCCCUAUCAAGUUACUUCCCGUGAAGAACAAUUGUAUAAACUUACAGAAUUUGUAUCUUUUCUUGAAAACUAAUGUAUUUUGUAUGAUAUUUAACAUUUGUUAUUUCCACCAAGUUGGCAUGAGGCUCCAAUUAUAAUAAAGACUCCAUGUAUAAUUUUUAAGAAACACAAAGUUUGUUGUGAUCAAUAUUUCUAAACAGAAAUAAAUAACACAGAAGCUAUAGAAAUUACGUAUAAGUUAAAUAUAAGUUUAAUCAUGUAUAAGUUAAAUAAAACUGUAAAAUCAACAACUGCUGUGGGUUUCAGUGUUUUUGUGUUAAAAUUUAUUUAAGUUUGUAAAUUCUGCAUUCUAUUUUUAUGUGUGUUUCUUUACAGUUUUACAAAUUCAGUAUUACUGAAUAAAGUAUAAAAUUGAAACUGUGAACAUGUAAUGUAGAAAUGUUUUUGUUAAGAUUGGAUUGUAUGGUUGUGCAUUUUUGCAAUUCAUGUUGAUACAGAUCUCAAAAUAUAUGAUAAAUGGUCUCCUUGUGGCAUUAUUGUGAAUAUGUUUUCAAAAACCAUAGAGGAAAAGGAUGUGAAUAUUGUAUAUUCUUUUCAAGAUGAAUUAUAGAUUUGAUCACCAAUGCAGGGUUGUUUGUUUGAUUUGCAAAUUUCUUAUAAAUAUUGAAUAUUAUGGCAAAUAACAUGGAAUUAAAAUUUUGUUCAAUCCAAAAUCUAAAUUAAACCUAUAAACAAAGAUAACAGGUAUCUGAAAGUGAUUACUGUCUGAAUAAUACGAUUGUCAUUUUUUGGUGAAGUGCCCAUUAUCAUGAUGUGAUGUGUAAACUUAGAAUUUGGGGGGAAUCUAUUGGAAACAAUCUCUUCUCCAUGUUUGUUUUUCAUUGAUUUGUCGCACGCACUAUUAUCUGCGUACGGUUUCUUGAACUCCAAAAUUCCAUCCCCUUUCCGCUGCAAGACUUGGCGACACAUAAAUGAAAGGUUUGGAAAAUCAUAGUAGGUGUAUUGGUUUUAAUUGAUUGGUUAUUUUGUAUUUUCGGGCGCGUCAACUGUUGUGGUCGUUACUACUGCAUUAGUUGUAAUGCAUUUCUGGAGGUACGGGUGUUCCUAACCUGCAAGAACCUAAAAUCCGUCGACACAUAGGCUUGCAGGGUUUUCGCCACUCCGGGUUUCCGCCAAGCAGGAUAAGCUCUAAGCUCCUGACAUGUAAAUGUGUUUAUAAGGGUAUAGGAUAGGACAAAGAUAAGGAAGGAAACAUUUCGCGUGACCCCAUUUGUUAAGGAACUUCAUCGGCAUUUGCCUGGCAUUGAUCGGAGAAAACAUGCAACACCGAUCUGAGUAGCUGACCUGCAGAAUUCUCAAUACUGGCUAAAUUCGACCUAGUAUCGAAAAUCCGCCACUCAGGACUCGAACCGUAGGAUUUUCUGACGCUGCAGUGUUAAUAUAGUUAUUACCCUGAACCGUCUCGGUCAGUUAAUUGAAGUUUUGUUUACACUAAAUUCAAUCAAUACCUACUUUAUUAUUUUAGCAGAUAUUACAUUUUAUUUUGACUAUAUUGACUGAAAUAUUUUAUUUAUUUGAUUGUUUUGAUUAACAGAAAUAAAUAUUGGUUUUUGAACGAACGUGUUCAAUUAGUUUUUGUGAUGUUUUUUGUUUAUUGUCGAUUUUACGAUAUUUUCUUGCCAAUUUUUGGAACCAGACCAACCAUAUUAAAACUCUUCAUAC